CUCAAAGUUGUUUUUCCCGUUGUUUAUAUCGAAGAUUCUCGUGUUUUAAGCUGCAACUUAAAACUUAAUUUUACUACAUUAUUCCGCUGAUUAAAUACAUUUAAAACUAUGGAUGACGGAGAUUAUGAUGGAGAUGACGCCGGUGGGGACGAUUAUGUUGAUGAUGAUGUUGAUGACGAAUUGGAAGAUAUCCAGGAAGAAGAAGGAGAUAAUAUUGAGAUUGUAAUGGCUGGGCAACAAGCUGGUGGAUCAGUUCCAAGAAGUAAGAGAAUUACAACAAAAUAUAUGACAAAAUAUGAGCGUGCAAGAGUUCUAGGAACUAGAGCUUUACAAAUAGCUAUGUGUGCACCAAUUAUGGUUGAAUUAGAAGGUGAGACUGAUCCAUUACAAAUUGCUAUGAAGGAAUUAAAACAGCGAAAGAUUCCAAUUAUUAUCCGACGAUAUUUACCUGACAACAGUUAUGAGGAUUGGGCGAUUGACGAGCUCAUAAUUGUAGAUUAAUUAAGAACAUUUCUCAGCAUCAUAAUAUUUUUUUUAAAAGAAAAAAAGAUAAGUUUAUUAACAUAUUAAGAUUUAACAUAAUAAAGCUAUAAGUCACU